AUGAGCGUGAUCAUUCGCCUGCAGAAUCUGGCCCUUGCGGCGAAUGCCUCCGAUGUGCGCGAUUUUUUCAAGGGUCUUGCGAUUCCCGAUGGCGGCGUCCAUAUCGUCGGUGGCGCACAGGGAGACGCGUUUAUAGCGUUCAGCACCGACGAGGAUGCUCGGCAAGCCAUGGCUUUGAACGGGGGAUGGAUAAAAAAUGAACCAAUAUCACUAUUGCUAUCAUCUCGCGCCGAGAUGCAGAAGGUCAUCGAUCAGGCACGCAAGGCUGCCUUGACGUUUAUGCAGCUUAAACAACAGACAAAUGUGGCUUCUUACGGUGGAGCUAUACCACAAACCACCGUAGCUGCUUCGGCAAUAGCAGGGAUCAGUUCACGAGCGGUCCAACAACCACAACCGCCGGUUAUUAGCCUGGCGGGGUUUUUGGCCCAGAAAAGAAAUCAAACCAAGCAGAAUUCAACGUACAACGAAAUACCAGGCCUUUCCUUUCUCUCGUCUGACGCACCAAAUGGUGAUGUCGGAACAGUCACUACCUUGGUCGGUGCAGCAUCAUCAUUAAAGAAUGAAGCUCUCGCCAGUUGGCUGUCUACCUGUACUGGAAACGGCUUCAAUGGAGUGAAUCUUGCUGGCACCAUCAAUCCACCGGCCCAACCGAUUGGUGUCGAUAAUCAGAGCCCGUGGAAGUUCUUGAAGAAGGAUCGCCGCAGCCCGUCUCCAUUCCAGGAGGGUCCAAACAAACGAGGUGGCGCUAGCCGUUCUUGCUCCCGUGAGCGAGACGUCAAUCGUCACGGUCGUAGAAGUCGAUCGCCGUCACGUGAUAGAAGGUUCAAACGCGAUGGUCGUAGCCGUUCGUCGUCGCGUGAUCGUUCGCGAUAUUCACGCAGCUCUAGCCGAGAAUAUAACCGACGGCAUCGGAACAGCCGCAGCAGGAGUCCUAGCCGUGAUCGAUUCGGUCGUACCCGCCAACGAAGCCGUUCCCGGUCGCGGGACCAACGCAGUCGUGACGAUAGCAGAGACCGGAAUCCCGAACGAGCUGGCAACGGUUUCAAGCGCGAGCCAACGGGUCGUGGUCGUUCGAAUCGAGUUUCCCGUUUUUCCAGCCAGAAUGAUGCAAAUCUUUCUCCACGCCAACAGGGUGUCAUGGAGGCUGGUUCGAAGUCCUUUUUCGGGAACGAAUUGAAUCGGCCAGCUGAGCCGAUCUUUGGAUUGCAUACGACGGGAGGUGCGAUGCAAGAUCCGCGUGUCCGCUUCGGACAGUCCAAGAGUGGUGACAUAUCACCGCCAUUGAUGGGAAAUGGUGGGCUAUUCCGUAAUACUUCUCCGUUGCCGGCUGGCGUUUAUAGUGGUAUAAAAUCGUCCCCAGUCACGAGCGAUUAUGCGAUCAAGGUAUCCAAUCUGGAAACGGUUACUGGAUACGGGGAGAUACGGCGAUUCUUCAAGACGCAGCUUAUUUCGACACAGGGUAUUAAGAUGAUCAAUGACGAUUCUGGCCGGAGAACAGGCGUGGCAUACGUUCAGUUCCUGCGUAAGGAUAGCAAACAAAGCGCACUGCAGCGUGACGGCAUGAUACUGCGUCGAACGAUCAUCCGUAUUGAGUCCAUCACGGAUCAGGAGUUUGAACAAGCGCACGAUUCGUACCGGCCAGGCAAUGACAAUUCUCCAACGCAACCGUGGGACGAAUCGGUGCGCCAAGUGGUGAAUCCUUGGAGCAUGAGUGAUCCAUUUCGGGAACGUAACGGGGGCGGCUUCGGAGGCAAUGGACAGAACAACGAUGUGAUCGAAAAUAACACUGAUCAGAAUUGCGGCAAGGACGCGGGCCGAAGGCACUUUGCGGGAAUGCAUCAGUCGCCGACGAGCACUCUAAUGGUGUGGAAUCUGCCGACUUUUACCACUGAGCAGGACAUUAUGAAGAUGUUCUCAGACUUUACCGUCGUCGAGGUGUUGAUCGUGAAGAACCACUCCAUACCAAAGCAGUUGGACGGGUACGUCCGGUUUCAUCGACAGGAGGACGCGAGAGAGGCUUGGUCGCAGAUGCAUCGUCACUUUAUCGGGAACAAGAAGGUAUCGGUUCGAAUGUGUCCGGAGAUAGACUACGAGGUGGCGAAGAAUGAGUACGAAAAUCCAAGCGAUACUCAGAAUUCUUCCAGCCGGCAGCUGGAUUCGGAGCGGUCUAACGAACGCAAUGGACAAGAUUGCGGCCGGAACUUUGAUUCGAGAAACGGAGACAAUGGUAACGACGGCUCAACGAAUAAUUCGGCCCGUCCGCAAGGUGGCAAUUCUUCGCGUCGUCGUAACAACCAAGGUAGCAGGUGGGGACAGGUUGAAAGAAAUUGGGAUGACGGCGAAAAGAAUUGGGAUGAUGACGACAAGAACUGGGACGAAGAUGAUAACAAUCAACGGCAGCAAUCAUUUUCGGAUGCGCAGCACCGCAUGGAUCCCGACUCUGGUGCUGGUUCUGACACGAACGCCUCGUGGAAUAACCGUGACCCGCGAAUGAAUCGUGGUGGUGAUGGUGAUUGUAACUAUUCGAACAAUUUUUUUGAAAAUGAGAAUAAUAGACACUCCAACGAUGGCAUGAGCGAUAAUUGUAACAACAAUGAUAAUAAUGGUAACAGCGAUAACAACUGCAACAAUGGAAAUUCGCGUGAUCCUCGUAUAUCGUCCGGAUCCGGGAGGUUUGGAGGAAACUCGGGUGGCGAUAAUAGUGAAUUGUUCCAGCGAACUAACUGGUUACUGUUGCGUAACGUGGACUUCCACGUGUACGAAGAGGACGUGUUUGCAUUCUUCGCGCAGGAUGGAUUCCGAGCGAAAAAUAUACUGGUCGUGCGCAAUGAGCGUGGCGGUCGGACAGGCGAGUGCUUGGUGGAGUUUGAGUCAGCGAGCGAAGCAGCUCAUGCGGAAUCGAAGUCUUCACAGAACCUUGGCCGGCGAAAGGUGUUCGCUAGCCACCUCGAUCGUGGUCAGGUGGCUGAUCUAAUGACACGUUUCAAUGCAAUUGCGCAAGGCCUGCAGCCAUCCUACUGGAUGCCGGAACACUUGCGCAACGAUGAUGAACGUGGCAGUGACGAUCAACGGGACGAUCCGGAGCAGAACCAGGGUGUCGGCUGUGGGCCGUACCAUACGUCAACGGUUGGUCUGUUGAAUCUGGCAUACAAGACAACAGUGGAGGACGUGCAGAACUUUUUCCAGGAAUUCAACCUGCCGGUGGAGAACAUUCGGAGACGCUUUCUUGAUAACGGACAGGCGACAGGAGAGGCCAUGGUGCGUUUCCUCUCCCACCAAGACGCGGAGAAGGCUCUGAACGAGUAUCAGAACAGGAGACUGUUCGGUAGGAACGUACGGAUCCGGUUGAUAAACGAUGACUGAAAAAGGGAGCGAAAGCGAGGACGGUCUCGCGAUGACACUAGCAGGGCGCGGUUACAGCUGAAGCUGCCAAACUUACCCGAAGAUCAUGUGUAGUUAUGUUUCUGGUUCUGGAUGUGCAGGACAAGUUCGUUCUAGAAUUCGCUCACAACCAAGAAAACACUAGUAAGGAAAUAGUAAACUUACGCGUUUUUAGAUUUAUUAAGCAUGCGCUUUUAGAAUAGAGCUCCAUUUAGUCAUCAGAUAUAUUUUUUUUUCGAAACGAAGAAGAACAAUAGCUGAUUUUAUAGAGUAUAAUGUAAAUAUGUAGUACUUUAUUGUCUUAAUUGGCUUAAUAUGAGUAUAAGCAAUCGUUUCAUAUGUACAAUAUUAUUAACUUUAAUAAAAAAUAU